GCGCAAACCUCCCGUCCGUCUUUCCAGGAGCCUUUGCGUCUCUUGCAGCUCUUCUCGUGCCACCUCUCGUUUUCGUCGCGCGGGGAACCGUCGCGUCAUCGGCAAAGCGAGAUAGAUUGCAGCGCGAGUUGGCAAUCUCGGAACGGACGCGUCGACUAUUUUUAAUAUUCAUUCGCCCCUGCUCGAGGAGACUCUGUCAUUGUUUUCCAGCUCUGCGCGUCGUUCUUCGAUAUGAUACUCUCCCUCGCGCUUUUGGCGGCUGCCGCCUCGCUGAUUCAUGCGAUUGAGCCACCGCGAUCCCCACACCAGCCCCUCGGAAAUGGGACUAAACGGCUGACCUAUAAUAUCACCACGGACGCUCCAGCCCUGGCUCCUUCUAGCAGGACGCUAAAUUGGGUCAGUACCGGUAAAGAUGGUGAUUACAUCUAUACCGGCGGCGACGGAUCCUUCAUUUUCGAGAACAUCGCGACCGGGGAAUCAACAACGUUUCUCUCCGCUGACAAGAUACCCGCGGAUUACUGGGAUUACUUCAUAUCUCCCGACGCGAGCCGUGUACUUUGGGCUAUCAACUACACCAAGCAGUAUCGCCAUUCCUACUUCGCCGACUACCUCGUGCAGGAUGUGGAGUCAGGAGAAGUGCGACCGCUCGUUUCAAACUCCUCCGGCGAUAUCCAAUACGCGGAGUGGAGUCCGGCUUCUGCCUCGCAAAUAGCUUUCGUUCAGGGCAACGAUCUGUUCAUCUGGAACGAAGGCGAAAUCGCGCAAAUCACGAGCAAUGGCGGCCCUGAUUGGUUCAAUGCUGUGCCCGAUUGGGUCUACGAGGAAGAAGUCUUUGGAGACCGAUACACGCUCUGGUGGUCUCCAGACGCGAAGUACAUUGCCUUCCUCACCUUCAACGAGACCGGUGUGGAGACUUUCCGCGUACCCUAUUAUAUGGACAACCAGGCGAUUGCUCCGCCAUACCCUCGCGAAUUGGAGCUGCGAUACCCGAAGGUCGGAACGAAGAACCCCACGGUUGGCUUCAACCUACUCGACGUGGAUGCGCUCACGGUUACGAACCUCCCCAUUGAUGCCUGGCCCGAGGACGACCUCGUGCUUGGAGAAGUCGCAUGGGUCACGCAGGAGCACGGCAAGGUCAUGUAUCGCGCGUACAACAGAGUGCAAGACCAAGAAAAGCUUGUAUUGGUGGAUGUAGCCUCCGGAUCGUCUUCAGUUGUGCGCGAAAGGGAUGGCUCCGACGGAUGGCUAGAAAACUACCUAGCUAUUACCUACCUCGGCUCUGUCGCAGGCUCAAACGGUACUUACGGAAACUCGAGCGGCGACUAUUACUUGGACUUUUCCGAUGAGAGCGGCUGGAACCACCUGUACCUCUUUCCAGUCAACGGCGGCGAGAAGAUCGCGCUCACAUCCGGCGAAUGGGAGGUCAGGUCUGUUUUGAAGAUAGAUGCCAAGCGCAGCCUUGUCUAUUACACGUCAACGGAGCACCACAGCACGGAGAGCCACGUCUACUCUGUUUCGUACAAGUCCGGCAAAAAGACGGCUCUGGUCGAUGAUUCUAUUCCUGCAUACUGGACUGCGUCAUUCUCCUCUGGUGGUUCCUACUACGUUCUUCGCUACGCCGGUCCAGACGUUCCAUACCAGGAGCUGUAUUCCAUCAAUUCUACGAAGCCUAUCCGCACCAUUGUAGACAACAAGAGCCUCUGGAACACGCUACAAACGUACAACCUUCCCAACAUUACCUACCAAGAGCUCCAGCAUCCCUCCGGUGUCACGCUCAAUGCCAUGCUCCGCUUACCACCUAACUUCGACGCCAGCAAGAAGUAUCCCGCCAUUCUGCUCCCAUACGGCGGUCCUAACGCCCAGGAAGUCACCAAAGCCUUCAACACCCUGAAUUGGAAAGCUUACGUUGCCUCGGAUCCCGAACUGGAAUACAUCACCUUUACCGUCGACAACCGAGGCACAGGUUAUAAAGGCCGCGAGUUUCGCUCUCUCGUGACCUCCAAUCUGGGAGAUCUCGAAGCGCAGGACCAGGUCUGGGCGGCCAAAGAGCUUGCCAAGAACUCCUUCGUCGAUAGUGACCACAUCGGCAUCUGGGGCUGGUCAUACGGCGGCUAUCUCUCUUCCAAAGUCGUCGAGCUCGGCGACCCCAUCAUAUCGUUUGCUAUGAUCACAGCCCCUGUCAGCGACUGGCGCUUCUACGACUCCAUCUACACGGAGCGCUACAUGAAGACACCCACUCUCAACCCCGAAGGCUACAACAAGUCGCGUGUCCAUGACACCGCCGGCUUCAAGAAGAUUGCGGGAGGUUUUCUGAUCCAGCACGGUACUGGCGACGAUAAUGUGCACUUUCAGAACACGGCGGCGCUGGUGGACCUGCUGAUGGGCGAUUCGGUUAGCCCGGAGAAGAUGCAGCAUACAUUCUUCACGGAUAGCGAUCAUAACAUUCGGUAUAAUAAUGAUGGGAGGUUUCUGUAUCGGCAGCUGAGCAAGAAGGUGUUUGAGGAGAAGCAGAGGACGGGCGACUUGAAAGGCGGGCAUCAGUGGAGUAAGAGGGGUCAGAGGGGGCAGAAGAAGUGGACAGCAUGAGAAGAGGAUAGGCGACUGACCGUAAUUGGGCUCAACCGCAUCGUUCCUCAUAAAUUCAACUACAUGCCUUCCCGUCAAUCCUUCCCUGUCGCUCAAAAUGGACCCUCAUGUGACUAUAUUCGCUAGCGGGGUCGAUGUCACGGAG